CACGCAAAAAAAACCAGUCGAAAAAUCCACGAAGGUUAACCUACGAAAAAAAGACAGGCGCUCGCUCCCUCGUGCCCUCGAUGCACUUGCCCACCGCCGCUCUCCUCUGCCCCAACCCCAACCCCGCCGCCGCCUCAAUCCCACCGCCGCCGGCCUCCUCCUCCUCUAGCGCCUCCGCUCCAGCCCCUCACCUUCUCAGCCUGGAUCCGCACGACAAGGUGUGGGGCUAUGGGAGAGAAGGCUCCAUAUCGCGCGACAAGGUGAGGGGGCGCCCAGAUCCGCAGCGGCACCACCGCGCCCUCGUCCACCUGGCCCUCGAGGUCGGCCAUGGAGGUCCGGCCCGACCAAUGGAUGGAUGGGGAUGAAACCCUAGCCCAACACCCACCCAUGGAUGGAUGGGGAUGGGGCGACGACGGCGGUGGCGGCGGCGGCCUUCUCUCGGUGCUUGCUGAUGUGGUGGACAUCGACGUCGGUGACGGGUUGCAGCACGUAGACAUCAAAGGCUGCGGGUGUCACGGAGGAGCACCAUGGCGGGCGUGCAGACCAUGGCUCGCUAUGGAAGGCCCUUCCCUUCCCUCUCUCUGUUCGGGCCAUGCUCAGGCAGUCUUUUCUCUUCUCUUCCCGCAAAAAAAGUCUUUUCUCUUCAUGAUCUGAACAUGUUGAAGGCCAUUAUUUCUCCACUGCCGGAGUCUAGCCUCCCUCCGUGGGAUGCCAUGGAGAUGAAACUCCCCUCGACGAAAGAAUUCAAGGGCAUGUGGGAGAGAGAGGAGGUCCAUGGAGAAGAAGCUCUGCUCCAACCCUCCCUGCCUCCUAAUACAAGAUGUCUUUUUUUGUGUGUGCUUGUAUUGCAGCAGCCAUGCCAUGGAGGCUUUGAUGAGCACGAGGGGAAGGCCGCUGCUUCAACCCCGUUAAGCUUACGUGUGGGAUUUGCUUCGGAAGUUGUCCACGUGAGUCAAUGGGUGCUGCUUCAUGUGGGCAUCCUUUCUGUGGUGUAUGUUGGAGAGGUUACACACCUGAUGAUGUUUACGGCUAGGCACAGGAACAAGCAGAGGCCGAGGAAGUGCGGGCACGCGCAGCUGGCCUUGGCAGGUGUAGGAACCGUGCGAGGAAGGUUCAGCGCGCUGCACAAGUCGGGCCACGCCCGGAGCGCCGUGCCAACGCAUGUGUGCGUGGUCGGUGGGUUAGCCAAGAUCUGCAUUCUGCGACUUCAUCUUCACCAUGGACACAAGCAAGGAUUGAUUGGUGGUUCUUGGUAGCGGUGCCGAGCAUCGGCGGAUCGAAGUGGUCGAGGUCGCGGUUAAUCCACCAGGACGAGACAUGCAUCUUGGAGCUAGCGCAGAGGGGGGAAGAAGCAGGUUGGUAUGGCCCGGAACUUUUGCGCAAAGAAAACACACACAGGGCAGGAACAUGACUACUCUUCCCCUUCCAAGUUUUUGAUCGAUCGAACUCUUCGGUGACCAGAAAA